AUGCGCGCCACACGCGAGACCUACUUGGUGCACCUCUGCGCGCUCGCCCUUUUCGACCCCUGCCUGAGCCAACUCUUGCCCUCUGCCAGUAGCCGCCACAGCCGAGCCGACGAGUCAUCUCGCAAACUCGAAGACAGCUACCCCGAGGAGGUUCUACCAGAACUGUCCUUCCUGGAGCAGUUGAGCAACUUUUACGGACCGCAGCUCGUUUUCGGAAUCAAGUUUCAAGAGGAGCAGGAGCCAAGAUAUUUCGAGACUGUGGCAAACACCAGAGAAUGGCAACUCACUACUGCCCAUGCCAUCGUGAAAGUGAAUCUGACCGAACUAAGCGCCCAGAAACUUAAGACUGCAGCAACCAAACUGAUGAAUGUGGAAAUAAUUGACCUACUCUGGGCAUCUGAAGCGAGCGCAACCGUGGAAACACUACCGCUAAUGAAAGAAGUGAAGGUAAUCACGGUGACACCGGAAUGUGAAGCCUUCAGUUGGAAUCAAACGAGUGCCCUCGCAUUUGCAAAUAGCAUUAGAAGUAGAGUUGGGAAGCCUGUUGCGCUCUCACUCUCGGCUGCAAUGUGGAAGGCAACUCAGGACAAAGCUGGCGAAGAGGUGUGCAGUGACUGGACUGACUCAACAUCGGUGAUUAUGGGCUGCGUGAACCAAGGGAAACCCCUCGAGCGAUGCAGAGCGGGAAAAACGACCGUGGUCGAUAAUGUUACCAUCGUUACAAUGGUCAACUACGCGAGAUCAAAGGACCUGAAUGCCUUUUGCAUACGCAGCGCUCAGAUAAUCGAGCAAACACUCGCCCUCAAACUCCAGUUCCACCUGCUUAAUUUCACGCUGCCAAGUCGACAAGGUAUACCACUGAAGGAGACGCGGCAACGAAGCAUCCAAUUGGGACAGCCUGGCGCCCAUGAUUGGGCAUCAUGUGAAUCAGGCGAGAAAACAGUGCCGGUUGAUUCGAGCUCCGAGUCCGAGGUGGAACUAGUGGAAACGGAAGAUACCGUCGUGGCCACUGAACAUCACGUCAAGUCCGGCGUGGUGAAGAAAGCAUCAUCCAAACCUGCUGACUCGGCUAGCAGCUUACCUGUGUCCGCAUGGCGAGGGGGACCCUCGAGCAGUUCUGCAGCGGGAACAGAAGGAUCAAACGAGUCUCCCACAGAGAAAGCCCAAAACCCAAUCAAGAAAGCACCCGCUCCUAGCAGCGACAUGGUUUCUGCCCCCCUGACUGAUUAAGAAAGACCGCGUUACUGGGGUGAAUAUCCGCAUGACUGCAAAAGGUUAUUUACGCUACCAUGGGACAGCAGCCACGCGGUGUCUCCUCGCCCCAGUGAUUUU